CCGUCAUGGCGUUCUCGGCGCCGGGGGCCUACCUGACCCACCAGCAGAAGGUGAUGCGCCUGUAUAAGCGGGCACUGCGCCACCUCGAGUCAUGGUGCAUCCACAGGGACAAGUACCGGUACUUUGCUUGCUUGUUAAGAGCUCGAUUUGAUGAACAUAAAGAUGAAAAGGAUAUGAUGAAGGCCACCCAGCUGCUGAGGGAGGCAGAGAAGGAAUUCUGGUACAACCAGCACCCACAGCCAUACAUCUUCCCUGACUCUCCUGGGGGGACCUCCUUCGAGAGGUACGAGUGCUACAAGGUUCCGGAGUGGUGCUUAGAUGACUGGCAUCCUUCUGAGAAGGCGAUGUAUCCUGACUACUUUGCAAAGAGAGAGCAGUGGAAGAAGCUGCGGAAGGAAAGCUGGGAGCGAGAGAUUCAGCAGCUGCGUGAGGAAACCCCCCCUACUGGUUUCAAGAGUGAAGCUUUGCCCCCUGCCCGAAAGGAAGGUGAUUUGCCCCCACUGUGGUGGCAUAUUGUGACCAGACCCCGGGAGCGGCCCAUGUAGAGAAAGAACCUCAGUAUUUCCACAAGCAAGUGAAAUAAGUUUCAGAACAUACACACUUGCCCUAAUAAAAAUAACCAAACCUA